AUGUCCGCUCCUUCCGUUUCGUGCUUCGGCAAGAAGAAGACGGCCACCGCCGUCGCCCACUGCAAGGAGGGCAAGGGUCUCAUCCGCCUCAACGGCCAGCCCAUCUCGCUCGUCCAGCCCGAGAUCCUCCGAUGGAAGGUCUUCGAGCCCGUCCUUGUUGUCGGUGAGGACAAGUUCUCGCAAUCAGCAGGGAAGCAGGACAAAUCAGGCAAUGUUUGGGGCGACCGAACAGGAGGUGUGAUGGAGACGACAUGGCAGUUGGCAGUCGAAAGGUGGUCCCGCAUCCCAUGCAGGACAGAACAGGAGUGGCAAUCGUCAAAGCUACGAUCGGAUGGCAGCAGCAUGGAGGAGCCAUUUAUCGGUCGACAUCACAUUGGGCCUGCUAUUGACGCUGCUGUACUUUUGCUGUUGCGCGCUCGCACACGCCAUCGACGACCAAUCGCUGACUUUCUGAAUCUCGAUCUGCCCACGCUUCCACAUACACCCAGGACCGUCGACAUCCGUCUCCGCGUGUCCGGUGGUGGUCAGACCUCGCAGGUCUACGCCAUCCGCCAGGCCAUCGCCAAGGCCCUGGUCGCCUACUACGCCAAGUACUACGACGCUGCCUCUGCCCUCGAGCUCCGCCAGCUGUUCGUUGCCUACGACCGCACCCUUCUGAUCGCCGACACCCGUCGCUCGGAGCCCAAGAAGUUCGGUGGUCACGGUGCGCGUGCCCGCCGACAGAAGUCGUACCGUUAA